AUUGUGAUCACCGAACAGGCCGAUCUCCACAUGGUCCGGUAUGAGUCGCGGAUUUUCCUCAAACCCGUACCACGCUAUCUCCUGGACGACCAAUUCUGGGACCGCCACAUUCGGCACGAAGCGCUCCACUCGGCUGCCUCGGGCUCCCUUCUUUCCUAUACGUGGUUGAUCAGUCAUCCGAGUGAUCUGCAAAUUGCACAUGAGCUGAAACUGAUUCCAGCCACGGUCAGGUGGCAAGCAUGGACGGUCUUCGUGGAAGAUCUCCUUUCCCACGUUGACUUCAAGGGCUAUGCCAAUGUCAACAAGCGCUAUCGCUAUGGCGAGCUUCGCCUGUUUCGCUUGAGCACCAUCUAUCGAUUGACCCACCUCUCCCUCGAGAGCCUCCUUGGAGGCUAUCUGUCCAUGUACGACCAGUAUGCCGUCUUCUUUAGAGAGAAACUCGCGUGGUCCCUCGUGGCGUUCUUAUAUGUGAGCACGUUGCUUGCCGCUUUCCAGCUCUGCUUGGCCACCGACCAAUUCCAAGGGAAUCAGAAUAUGCAGAACGCAUCUGUGGUUUUUGGUGUCUUCUCGAUUUUCUUACCCGCUGUGGUGGCAGGGCUGGCCUGUGUGGCUUUUGUGUUGAUAUACAUUCUGCAUUUCAUGCAAGCGGUCGAAUUUGGAAAGAGACGGAGGGAUCCAUGAUCUUGAUAGAUGAUCAAAGCAUACUGUCUGUACUUUAGUG